AUGGCAACAACGCAUAUUUCAUUUGGAACCGAGCCAACCAAUGAUAUUAUAGCUAAAAAUACAUUAACGACAAUUGAACAAUUUGAUCAAGAAAUAAAUGAACCAGAAGUUAAAAGUUGCUGUCAUGAUCAAUGUUGUUUUUGUUUUAAUCAAUGGUGGAAUGUAAAAUAUUCUCAUCAACGUCGUAUUGUACAUAUAGUUGAAAAAACAGCAUUUCAUGUUGGUAUUAUAAUUCUUGUCUUAAUUGAUUGUGUACUUGUUAUUGCAGAAUUAAUGCUUGAUUUUAUAUUAUUAAGUCAAAAAUGUGAUAAUAAAGCUGAACAUGGUGGUAGUGGUGAUGAAAAGGAAUAUCCGAAAUUAGAAUUAGCUAUUGAAAUUUUACAUUAUGGAUCAAUAUUUUUAUUAGCUAUAUUCGUUGUUGAAGUUUGUAUUAAGAUCUAUGCAUUCGGUAAAAAAUGGUGGAAUUUUCGUGACAAAAAAAUGGAAUGGUUAGAUGCAACUAUUGUUAUUGUUUCAUUUGUUAUUGAUAUUUAUUUUUUACAUCAAUCGAAUGUUAUUGCAGAAAUUUCUUUAUUAUUUAUUACAUUUCGUUUAUGGCGUAUUGUAAGAAUUAUUAAUAGUGUUGCUCAAUCGAUACGAACACAAGAUGAAACAUCAAAAAAACAUUUAGCAACGACAUAUUUACAAAUUGUUGAAUUACUUUUGAAUGUUUCAAGUAAAAAAACUGAAGCUGCCUCAGAACUUCGACAAGACUUGACAAAACAAAAUUUCGAUAACAUUAUUGAAAAAUUCAAUUCAAUGGAUCAAUUGUGUCGUUCAAUACUUACACAUUGUCCAAAACCAACGUCAAAAAAUGCAGUUACUGAUAUAGCACAAAAUUUACAAGAUGCUCUUGAACAAAUUCGUUUGACAUCAACUAAAUUAGGUAUAAAAAAUCAAACAAAACACUAG